CACACACACACACACUCACACACCAGCGAGACACUCAGCGACAUUGCUUCUCCCUGAGGAUCACUCCCUGGAGCCUGUCUGUGUCAGGGGAGACCUGAGCCUGAGACCAGAACACUGUUCCUACAGCAGGGCGAUACCUGUACAGAACCCGUCCCUGCGUCUUGACUCGGAGGUGCCAUGGCAACAGACAGCAACAGACUUGGAGACACCACGGUCACAGAGACAGCCACCAGAUUGGUGCACCGAAACAUUAACAACACCAACAGCACUGUCUCCAAUGGAGAGGUCACUAACCGUGCGGAGAAGCACGCUGAGGAUUUGAUGCAGUGGAAGAGGCAUGCGGAGCGAAUUAAGAGUAAGGUGCUGGACCAGAUUCAGGGGCAACUUAGUGACCUGCUAGACAAGGCCCUGACUGAAUCUGUCCAGACAUUCACACAGAACGGGAACCACGGCAACAACUACGUCACCAGGGACGGGACAGUCACCCCCACUAACAACAACGACCACUCACACAGAACCCACAUGGAAAAGGAUGGAAAAGUAUUUAUGGACAGACGCUCCAUUCUAGAUGAUCUGUUUGAGAUCAACCACAUUCGGACCAUCUACCACAUGUUCAUCUCAGUGCUCUUCCUCUUCAUCAUCAGCACACUGGCUGUGGACUACAUCGACCAGGGCAGGCUGGUGCUGGAGUUUGACCUGUUGUCCUAUGCCUUUGGGAAACUACAUAUAGUAGCUUUGGCCUGGCUGUUGAUGUUCAGCUACACGUUGGCCGUGCCCUACUAUGCCCUGGCUCUCUGGGGGACUCUCUACCAUCGCAGCCCGGUACAGGGGGUACUGUCGGUGGGCGCUGGGCUGGUACUCUCCGUCUUGCAGGCCGCUGUACUGGGGAUUCUCCCCGUAUACGUGGUGUUUCGCUACCAGCUGCCUCCAGCCUCACGAUUCAUCAUCAUAUUGGAACAGAUCCGUUUCCUGAUGAAAAGCUACUCUUUCAUCCGAGAGAAUGUCCCAGUCAUCCUAAAACACAAGACAAAGGAAGGAGAGGGCCCCAGGGGAGAGGGCCCCAGGGGAGAGGGCCCCAGGGGAGAGGGCCCCAGGGGAGAGGGUCCCAGGGGAGAGGGCCUCAGGGGAGAGGGCCCCAGGGGAGAGGGCCCCAGGGGAGAGGGCCCCAGAGGAGAGGGUCCCAGGGGAGAGGGCCUCAGGAGAGAGGGUCCCAGGUUCCCAACAUUCUCGAGCUACCUCUAUUUCCUCUUUGCUCCCACCCUCAUCUACAGAGAGUCUUACCCCAGAAACCCACGCAUUAGAUGGAACUAUGUUGGCGUAACGUUUGCUAAGAUUCUGGGCUGUCUUUUCUAUGGUUACUUUAUCCUGGUGAGACUGUGCAUCCCUGUCUUCAUGAAUGACAGCAACACGCCUUUCAGCACCAGAACUCUGGUCCUGGCCUUGUUCCAUGCUACACUUCCAGGUAUGUUAUUGCUACUGCUGGCGUUCUUUGCCUUCCUCCACUGCUGGCUAAACGCCUUCGCUGAGAUGCUAUGCUUUGCAGACAGGAUGUUCUAUAAGGACUGGUGGAACUCGACAUCGUUUGCCAAUUACUACAGGACCUGGAACGUGGUGGUUCAUGACUGGCUUUACUACUAUGGAUACAGAGAUUUUCUCUGGCUGUCCAGAAGGAAGUUCCGUACGGCAGCCAUGUUGUCAGUGUUCGCCGUGUCGGCCUUGGUCCAUGAAUAUGUCUUCACCCUGGGCUUCGGAUUCUUCUACCCAGUGAUGUUCUGUCUCUUCGCUUUCUUCGGAGUGGCGUUCAACUUCACUCUGAACGACAAGAGGAAGAGUCCUGUGUGGAACAUCAUGAUGUGGACCUGUCUGUUCAUUGGCCAAGGGGUGAUGGUGUGUCUGUACUGCCAGGAGUGGUACGCCCAGAUACACUGUCCUCGCACUGGGGAUAGCUUCUGGGAGUUGGUGACACCCCGGUCCUGGUCCUGCAGCAACUAGGUCUGAAACUACGUCAUUGAGUUGCCUGCUUCAUCCAGGGAUUGAGACAUGGGCUGAGUCUCAAUAGUAAUCCCAGCUGUUCAACCCUCCACUUUGAACUUGGUGUCAGGGGACAAACCCAGCCUUGUAAACCUUGCCUUUGAUCCUUGGCUAAAACAGACGCCCUUUGAGUGUGAUUCGUUGAUAGAAUCCUGUCAGGAAACAAGAUCUAAAGGUGGAAUAUAAACAAGAGGUGGUAGUAGUAGAAAACGUGCUUACUGUUUGGAUGGAACAUGUAUGGAUGGAUUGUGUAUCUAUGGAUGUGUUUAACUAUAGUAGUGGGGACCAAAGGUCCUCACAAGAAUAGUAAACAAAAAAACAUUUUGAUCAACUGGGGAUAUUUUGUUAGUCCCCACAAGGUCAAAUGCUAUUUCUAGGGGGUUUAGGGUUAAGGUUAGAAUUAGUGUUAUGGUUAGAAUUAGGUUAAGUUUAGGGUUAGCAGCUAGGGUUAGGUUUAGGGUUAAGGUUAGGGUUAGGAGCUAAGGUUAGGUUUAGGGUUAAGGUUAGGGUUAGGGUUAGCAGCUAGGGUUAGGUUUAGGGUUAAGGUUAGGGGUUUGGGAAAAUAGGAUUUUGAAUGGGACUGAAUUUUGUGUCCCCACCAGGUUAGUUAUACAAGACUGUGUGAACUGAAAUGACAUGAACAGCAUUCUGCAUGACCUCGGUGUCAAGACUUCCAUGCCAGGGGACGCAAUUCUUCACGCAUUAGAAUGUUCUAUUGGUUAAAUUCAGACACAACUCCACUGAGUUAUAUUGUUUUGUAAAUUCAAGACAAUUUGUAAAUUAAUGCAAAACAAAAUCAUAUCACAUUUGUAAACGUACCGCUUCAAAUGUAAUUUCUUUUUUUUAAUACGAAACUGCAUUUACAAUAUUUUUGUUGUUGUCUUUACACUAUAUAAAGUGAUCUCAAUAAAAGGUGGUUAUAGAUA